UUUCGAACGUCUUCAUUCGAUGGGUAGCGGCGGCAGCCAGAACAACGAGGGUACUGAGGGGGAGGUUGAUGAUUCUGAGGAGGUGGAGGACGUGGAGGCCGCAUUCGAGUCGGAAACCCAGUCGUCUUCUCCCAGCACGAGCACCCAUCACUCAAUGACCACCAUCUCUCGUCAAUACUUCGGAGGCGAUUCUUCCGCUGACAAUCACACCUUUUUUAUCGACAUCAUCGAGAAAAUACGUGAGGACUACGGGAUGUUCGUUUGGCCGUGCAGCAUAGUUCUUUCUGAGUAUGUAUGGCAACAGAGGUCGCGAUUCUCUGGCGUUUCUGUUCUUGAGUUAGGUGCCGGAACUUCAUUGCCUGGUCUGGUAGCUGCCAAAGUAGGAGCAAAAGUCACCUUAACAGAUAAUUCCAAGCAUGCAGAGGUGCUAGAGAAUAUGAAAAGGAUCUGCGAUCUCAAUAAACUCAACUGUGAAAUUAUUGGCCUCACCUGGGGAGAAUGGGAUGAGUCCGUGUUUAAUCUUCACCCUCAGAUAAUGCUUGGAGCUGAUGUGUUAUAUGAUUCAUCUGAUUUUGAUGAUCUCUUUGCUACUGUGGCCUUUCUUCUGCACAGUUGUCCUGAAUCAGUGUUUAUAACAACAUACCAAGAUAGAAGUGGUCAUCACUUGAUCGAAUUUUUGAUGGUGAAGUGGGGAUUGAAAUGCUCAAAACUUCUGGAUGGCUACUCUUGCAUCCCACCGCAAAAAGUUUGUGGCAUGCCAGGAAUCAUUCAUUUGGUUGAAAUAGUGCUGAAUAACCAGGAUUCAUCAUAAUUCCAGGUAGAAGAUCAAGGAUCAAAAGGGUCAUGGACCCGAUCAGAUCAGACCAAAAUUGGGCUCAAAUCUUAGGCUAAACAAGACAAUCAAGCCUUGAAACAAUCUGGACCAUCCAUCGAGAGCAAUAUAAACCAUCCAUUGAAGAUCUGGUCCAUCUGAGCUAGGAGAGAAUAGAUCAGGUUCCUUGAUGAAGAUGUGAACCUUUGGAUCAGAUUUAGAUCAAAUUUCACCAUUGGAUCAAAGGUGGAAGAAUCACAACCGUCCAUUACAAAUCUGUGAUCUGAUUUAAAUUAUGAAGCUACAGUGCUAGUUUCGUUCGUCAAAUCUCCACAGUGCUCUUCGCGUCAAGCAGCAGGGAGGCGCGAGCCUCUCCGGCGAUUCCGACCCCGAUUCCAACUCCGAUCAUCUUCUCAGGCGACGACCUCAGUGGGAAUUUUGAGAUUGGUGUGUUGGUUUGAAUGUGCCAAGUGCAAUGCAGGAUUGGAAAGUUAACAAUGUGGUUGGUUUGUUUAAAUGAUACAUCAAUUAUUUUAUUGGGAGUUAGUUCAA